CUUUUCUUCAUAGCUCUGACUUCAUGUUUUAUCAGCCAUUAAUCGAAAGUGUGGCAUUAAAGUUUUCAGCUUCAGCGGAAUUUUUCGUUGGAAACCUGAGUACACCAUCACAAAAUAAAGCCUUCAAGAUUCAGCAAUUGAAUAGAUGAACUCUUCUCAUAUAUUAUUGAAUAUAUCUCUGGUAGAUGUCUUCAAAUUCUGAGGAAUUAAGCUCUCCGCCUACAAAAAAAGCUAGAGUAAGCAGAGACAACAAUUUUGAAGAAACCACGACAACAACGAAUAAUAAUAAUUGUAGUAAUCAUACGUAUACCCACAUGGAAACGUCGAAGAACCAUUCCCAAAUAGAUGAAAGUCUGUACUCAAGACAGCUAUAUGUGCUGGGUCAUGAAGCCAUGCAUAAAAUGGCUAAAUCAAAUGUUUUCAUUUCUGGGAUGAAAGGUCUUGGAGUUGAAAUAGCUAAGAAUGUUGUUCUUAGUGGAGUGAAGUCUGUUACACUUCAUGAUAGAAAUGUAGCUAUUGAAGAUCUUUCUUCACAGUAUUUCCUUCGUCAUGAAGAUAUUGGCAAAAACAGGGCAUUGAUUACUCAAUCCCAUGUUUCUGAACUAAACAGUUAUGUUCCUGUGUCAACAUGUACUCAGCCAAUUACAAAGGAAAUGAUAUUAGAUUUUCAGGUUGUUGUGUUGACAGCAUCAUUUGCUGAUGAACAAAAAUGGAUUGGUGAUUUUUGCCAUAGUAAAGGAAUUAAAUUCAUUGUUGCUGACACAAAAGGCCUUUUGGGUUCACAAAUAUUCUGUGAUUUUGGGGAAUCAUUUGUUGUGAAUGACACAAAUGGUGAACAAGCCAUCACUGUAAUGGUUUCUGCAAUAACAAAGGCUGAAGAAAGUGUUGUUACAUGCUUGGAUGAGCAGAGGCAUGGGUUUGAAACUGGAGAUCAUGUUACAUUUAAGGAAAUUCAGGGUAUGAAAGAGUUAAAUAACUGUGAGCCAAGAAAGAUUAAAGUUUUAGGUCCUUACACAUUCAGUGUUGGUGAUACAUCUCAGUUAUCUGAUUAUAUUUCUGGAGGAUAUGCUGUACAAUGUAAAAUGCCAAAGACAUUGAACUUUAAAUCGAUAUCUAAAGCGCUUUUCGAGCCAGAAUUUUUGAUAACAGAUUUCGCUAAGUUCGAUCGUCCUGCACAACUUCAUUUAGGUUUUCAGGCUUUAGAUGAGUACGUCAAACGAAAUUCCUCUCUUCCAAGACCAAGGAAUAAGGAUGAUGGAAAUAAACUGAUUGACAUAGCAAAGGAAAUAAACGGAAAGACAUGUAGCAAGGUUGGUGAAAUUGACGAAAAAAUACUACUUGAAUUAUCGUAUCAAGCUAGGGGAGAUCUUUGUCCUAUGCAAGGAGUGAUUGGGGGCAUUGCAGCUCAGGAAGUUAUGAAGGCAUGCAGUGGAAAAUUUCAUCCUAUUGUACAAUGGUUUUACUUUGAUGCUUUGGAAUGUCUUCCUGAGGAACAGGAAAUAACAGAAGAAUCAUGUAAAGCGCUCGGUUCAAGAUAUGAUAAUCAAAUUACGGUUUUUGGAAAGCAGUUUCAAGAGAAAAUUAGUACACAGAAAUACUUUGUUGUUGGCUCUGGAGCGAUUGGAUGUGAGCUCUUAAAGAAUUUUGCUAUGAUUGGUCUCGCAUCAGAUCGUCGUGGAGCAAUAUACGUCACUGAUAUGGAUAGCAUUGAACGAUCAAAUCUCAAUCGUCAGUUCUUGUUUCGUUCUGCUGAUGUGCAAAAGUUAAAGUCAGAUGUUGCUGCACAAGCCGUGAAAGCGAUGAAUCCUGACGUUCAUAUUAUCUCACAUCAAAAUAGAGUGGGACUGGAGACAGAAAAAAUAUAUGAUGAUGAGUUCUUUGAAAGUCUGGAUGGUGUUGCAAAUGCUUUAGAUAAUAUCGAUGCAAGGUUAUAUAUGGAUCGAAGAUGUGUAUAUUAUAGAAAACCUUUAUUGGAAUCUGGAACAUUAGGCACUAAAGGAAACGUCCAGGUUGUUUAUCCUUUUUUGACUGAGUCAUACAGCUCAAGUCAAGAUCCCCCAGAGAAAUCUAUUCCUAUAUGCACAUUAAAAAACUUUCCAAAUGCUAUAGAACACACGUUGCAGUGGGCAAGAGAUGCCUUCGAAGGACUAUUCACUCAAGCUGCAGAAAACGCGAUUCAAUACCUAAGUGAUGGAAAGUUUAUGGAACGUUUGACUAAAUUGCCUGGUGUGCAACAGGUUGAAACUUUGGAAAGCAUUCAUAAAACUCUUGUUGAUGAUCUCCCGAAAGAUUUUGCCGAUUGUGUUAAGUGGGCGAGGAUUUUAUUUCAGGAAUAUUAUCACAAUCAAAUUGCCCAACUUCUUCAUAACUUUCCACCCGAUCAGAAAACCAGUUCAGGCCAACCUUUUUGGUCAGGACCAAAACGUUGCCCCCAUCCAUUAGUGUUUGAUCCUUGUAAUGAAACUCACAUGAAUUUUGUUAUAUCAUCAGCAAAUCUUCGGGCUUUUGUUUUCAAUAUCAAAGGUUCUGUGGAUAGAAAGUUUAUUCUUGAGAUAUUAGAACAAGUCAGUGUACCGUCGUUCGAACCGAAAACAGGUGUCAAAAUCCACGUUAGUGAUCAAGAAGCUGAAGCAGCUAGCCAAGCCUCUGUUGAACAAACUGAAGUGGACAAGAUUCUUGCUAAAAUACCAUCUCCUACUGUAUUGAGCGGAAUGAAAGUCUCUAAUAUUGAAUUUGAAAAGGAUGAUGAUAACAACUUUCAUAUGGAUUUCAUUGUUGCAUGUUCAAAUCUCCGUGCUGAGAAUUACGAUAUUGCACCAGCUGAUAGACACAAGAGCAAAUUAAUUGCGGGUAAGAUUAUUCCUGCUAUUGCCACAACAACUGCUGUUGUGUCUGGACUUGUAUGUUUGGAACUUUAUAAGAUUAUACAAGGAAGCAAAAAGAUUGAAACGUUCAAAAAUGGAUUCAUCAAUUUAGCUCUACCUUUUUUCGCUUUCUCGGAGCCUAUUCCUGCUCCUAAGAAUAAAUAUUACGAGACAGAAUUUAGUUUGUGGGAUAGAUUUGAGCUGACUUUAAAUGAUAAAGGUGAAGAACUUACUCUACAGGAAUUCUUAGACUACUUCAAGAAUGAACAUAAACUUGAAGUAUCUAUGUUGUCACAAGGAGUUUGUAUGUUGUACUCUUUUUUCACUCCUCAAACUAAACUCAAGGAACGCCUUCCAUUAAAGAUGAGUGAACUUGUUGCUAAAGUAUCUAAGAAGAAAAUCAAACCACAUGUCAAAGCACUAGUUUUUGAAUUGUGUUGUAAUGAUGCAGAUGGAGAAGAUGUUGAGGUGCCAUAUGUACGAUACAAGUUCCGUUGAUUUUCAAAGCUCAUAUAACGAAGAUUCAAUCGAAAAUUAUGAUUCUGAACUCAUCUGACAAUACCUUAGUAGAAUAAUUUAGUUGGAUUUUAGUUCUUGAUUUUAUGUUUUAUUCUGACUCAAAUAAAUUGUUUCAUUGAA